GUAAACAACCGGUAAAUGCUUCUUCUUGUCUAUUUGCCAUUCACGUUUUUCACUAACAUGUGAGCGAGUGCAUUAGCUAAAAAACUUUAUAAUGCCACAAAUUGUUAAUAAACCAAAUGAAUCCACAAUAAGAGUGCCGUUUGACACUCCACGAUUAGCUGAGAUUGCAUUCAAAGUGCUCAGUGUCGACCAGGAACCGCGCCGGAAUUUCGUACAGAAAACUUUGAGUCUGGAUGACGAUGUCCUUGUGGUUCAUUUCCAAGCUGAUCAAGUAAAGAAUCUGCGCACGGCCAUCACCUCCUUCUUCGAGUGCCUGCUCCUCUGCCAAGACACCAUCAAGCAGUUCGGUGAUCCUACUGACGAUAAAGUGAUCCCUGAGAGCAACGAUAAUGCCGGAACACAGUCCGGCUCCGACUCCGCAUAG